AUGAAUCGAUAUCGUAAUAUUCCUGGCUUAAAGCCAGCAUCCAAGGCAUCACCCACCACGCUUUGCCAGAAAUGUCUUAAAAAAGAUAAAUUACGACACUACAGCUAUGAAUGUAAGGCGUCGGCUCAGGAACGGCCCUAUAUAUCUCGUCCAUCCAGGACGCAGCAGCUAGCAAACCCCAAACUGGUGCCGGAGCUAAUGAGCGAUGUUCCGAAUGAUCUAUUACGAACAAAGGGUGUAGCUGAUGAACAGCUAGCGCUGAAAGAGAAUGAACGGAGUCGCAAAAGGGACUCCGAUUAUGAUGAUAGAGACCGCGAAGGUAUUCGAGGGCAUUCCAGAAAACGGGCAAGAUCCGUUUCUCCAGCGUACUCUGCAGAUUCCGUUUCCACGAUUUCAACAAACCGAUCCUGGUCUCGAUCUCCACGGCGAAAACGAGACCUAUCACCAUCACCGGGUAGGUCGAGGGAACGGAAAAGGAAAAUAAACGAAAGUGUUUCAAGAGCUUCCCAUCUCUCCGCUUCUCCUGUUGAGAAAAAGAGAGCACUUUCCAGAGCAACAGAUCGAAAUACAAGGCGGAGAAUGAGGUCGCAGAGUCCCCAUGAACGAGGCCGGCAGCAUGAACCAGACAGACGAGGGAGCUGGAGAAACCGGUCGCAAAGCCAGAGUAUGGAUAGAAGUUCGAUUGCGAAACAACGGUGGUCUUUGACUCCUGAUGGCCUGGAUCGAAAUGGUGGAUAUACAGACCGUGAUCGUUCUCAUCGGCCACGCAGCCAGGAGAGGUUCCAGGAAGGACCACGGGGCGUUCGGGAUCAUGAACCUCCUUAUCGUGGGGCGAGAGACGUUCUUCGGAGUCCACCCUCGCCCAGGGAGCGAAGUCUAAGCCCCUUCAGCAAACGACUGGCUCUUACCCAGGCCAUGAAUAUGAGUAGGUAG